CCGACCUCCGCUCCGUUCGCACCUGUCGGGCGAAAGCGACCCGCGACCGCCCGGAAAGGAAGUGCAGUGACUGAAUCAUUGUUCGGCGGAUUGAAAAUUUGAAUUUCGAACGCGAUCAAGGACGAAUUGGAGUAAACAUCGGCACGUAAAGCAGAUUAAAUCGUCCGACGGCGUGAGGUGACAACACUUUCUAUCGCGGUCACGCGUCUUCCCACGGUACGCCGAGGAAAACAAUUAAAAAAUGCACCUAAUUAAUAUAAGAAUAAGGAUCCAAGCAGUCAGAUGAUCGUCGAAAAACUCGAUAAUGCGGGAUUACUCAAACCGAGUCAGGUUAAAAUGCAUUGUUGCGGUUUGGCUGUCACUAGUCCUUGGAGUCUCAGCCAACCGACCUCCGAGGUUUCUUAUAGAGGGCCAGUCGGAAAUUGUGGUCAGGCUCAAGGAAGGCGCUGAUACUCCUGUAGGAAGUUUAAUAUACCGUCUCAGGGGCAUCGACCCUGACGGAGAUGAACUAAAAUUUGGAAUAAGAGAUCAACUUGGUACUAAUAUUUUAAGAAUAGAGGCCAUUACAACCAACGAAGCUAAUAUUUAUUUAAUUAAGGAAUUAGAUAGAGAGAUACGUGAUGAAUAUUCAUUUGUGUUAACGCUUACGGACGGCCAUUUAGGGGAAGGAAACUUCAUCACGCAAAGCUUCCUGCUAUUAGUCGAGGACGUCAAUGACAACGAACCCAUAUUUAAACCGUAUCCCUCAGCAGUCACAGUCAAAGAAGAUGCUUCUCCUGGCAUACUCACCACAGUUGAAGCGACGGACCUCGAUGAAGGAGCUUAUGGACAAGUGCUAUACCAUUUGCAAGAAUUAGACGGCGACGUUGACAACUUCGCGAUCCAAACUGUGAAUGGCAAAGGUGUUAUCCGUUUGACCAAGCAACUGGACUACGAGCGCAAGUCGCUAUACCAACUGCGGGUGCUGGCCGUAGACCGGGCCAACCAGGGCCGGGUGAACACGGGCACGGCCGCGAUACUAGUGAAGGUGCAGGACGUGGAAGAUCAGCCGCCGGAGUUUGUGGUGGUCAGCCCUGUGACUAGGAUUAGCGAAGAUGCUGAUGUCGGGACGUCGGUUUUACAAGUGCAUGCCAUUGAUGGUGACAGAGGCAUCAACAACCGUAUCUCAUACAGCAUCAUAUCAGGCGGCGAGGAACACUUUGAUAUUGACAGCAGCUCGGGCAUUGUCUACACAGUCAGCCAGCUUGACAGAGAAGACCCAAGGAACAGCAAUGGAGCUUACAUCCUGGAGAUAUUGGCUACAGAAGAAUCUCGCAUGGUAUCGCCCAUGCCGAGCGCGACCACCGAGGUCACGGUCAUCGUGACUGACGUAAACGACGAAACGCCGCGGUUCCGCAGCGACAAGUACGUGGGCGAGGUGCUGGAGAACGCGCAACAGAACACUCCCAUCACCUUCCUGCAGGAUGCGGUGCCUGAAGUCUUCGAUUAUGAUCAGGGUAAAAAUGGUACCUUCGAAUUAUUCCUACAAGGAGACAAUGGCGUCUUCGACGUCACGCCGUUUAAAGGAAUCAACGAAGCCUCCUUCCUGAUUAGAGUCAAUGACCCAUCUUCCUUAGACUAUGAGAAAGUUACUGUGAUGAACUUCAGUCUCAUAGCCAAAGAGAUUGUUUCUAACAAUCCUAAGAUCAGCGUGGUCCCCAUAACGGUUCACAUAAAGGAUGAGAAUGAUAACUUCCCCGAAUUCACCGAGUCUCUAUACACGGUGUCUAUCCCCGAGAACUGCGGCGCGGGUACUACCGUGGCGUGGGUCCGCGCGCUUGACCAGGACUCGGAUAACUAUGGCACCAGGGGCAUUCGGUACACCGGGCUUGGAGGCAGCAUAGCGAGUUUACUAAGCCUCAAUCCAAUCUCCGGCGUAAUAACCGUGAAGCAAGCCGGUGGUGACAGUUUCGACCGCGAGCUCGUCUCGAGACACUACCUCACCGUGGAAGCACGCGACGACCUCGGUAGAGGCAACCGCAACACCGCACAACUCAUAGUCAACAUAGAGGAUGUUAACGACAAUGCGCCUAUGUUCCUGGCCAAUAAAUAUGAGGCUAGAUUGCUUGAGAAUGAGAGACAGUUUGAAAACCCGUUGGUGCUGGAAGCUAGAGAUAUUGAUUUGAAUGGUACUAAGAACAGUCACAUAGAGUACUCUAUAGUGGGCGGCGAGUACAAGAACAAUUUCACCAUAGACCCGAACCUGGGCAUCAUCACGCCCGUGGACGGACUCGACUUCGAGCAGAUUCCGGGGGACAACACUAACAUACGACCGAUACAUCUCACUGUCAGAGCGCGCGAUUUCGGCGUACCACCGCUGUCCUCGACAGUUCCUGUAACGAUAUACGUACAGGACAUCAACGAUCACGCGCCCAUGUUCCAACAGAUGAUGUACAAGCGCUCCAUACCUGAAGACAUGCCUGGAGGGACUAGCGUCUUAGAGGUAAAAGCGCGCGACGGAGACGGUUUCCCUAACAAUCGCGUGGUGUAUCGUAUACAGCGCGGCGCGAGCGACAAAUUCGUCAUUGACUCUCGCUCGGGCGUUGUGUCCGUCGCCAACGGCUCGUCGCUCGACCCCGACAAGACUAACCCGAAGAGCAACCGCUACACGCUUACCAUCGUCGCGUUAGACGGUGGUAUCGGUGAGCAGCAGCUAAGCGCGGCAGUGCUAGUGAACAUCACCAUAGUGGACGUGAACAACAAACCACCUGUGUUCGUCGAACCCGGGACUAUCAGCGUGAAGGAAAACACACAGGUGGGAACCCUAGUGUACCGCGCACAAGCCCACGACCCGGACUCGCAGCCCGUGCUCCGUUUCGCGAUAGACAAGGACGCCAGUAUCGCGCGGGACGAGGACGGCGUGCUGGUCCCGCUCACGGAGUACGACUACAUGGCCAUCUGGGACUUGAACGCCGUUGACGGGACGCUCAGGGUUGUCAGAUUACUUGACAGGGAAAAAGUAGAAACGAUCAAACUAGUAAUCACAGUAGAAGACAUGGCAGCAGUAGCCGGGCCUCGGCAAACCGCAUCGGCCACGCUCACUAUCGUAGUCGCCGACGAAAACGACAACAACCCCAAGUUCCGGAAACCCUUCUACCGGACCUCCAUAGCUGAGAACUCUAAGAAUGGUGCUAAUAUAGUGACUGUGAUCGCGGAUGAUGCGGAUAAAAAUCGGACUAUGACCUACUACGUUGAAGGUCCCGAAAAGCUGUUAAACCUCAUCCACAUGGAAAGUUCCACGGGCGAGAUAGUGGUGGCGAACAAGAUCGACCACGAACAGCAGGCGUGGAUCAAUCUGACAGUCAAGGCGGUCGACAGCGGGCAGCCGCCACGAUACGCUGUGGUUGACUUGUUCAUACAGGUGCUGGACGAAAAUGAUAACAACCCAUAUUUCGAGAGCGGCAACUUCGAAUACCGUGUGCGCGAAGAUGUGGAACCCGGUACCACCAUCGCAAACAUCGUGGCGCGGGAUGCUGAUUCUGGCGAGUACGGCAAGCUCACCUACCUACUGGACCGUAUGUCUACACAGGGCAAGUUCCUGAUAAAUGCGGAAACAGGAGCAGUAACAGUAUCGGACUGGCUGGAUCGCGAGACGCAAGCGUCCUACACCUUGGUAGUGGAAGCUUGGGACAACUACCAGUUCGGGUAUCUUAGCGGGGAAAGCAGGAAUGCAUUUAAGCAGAUUAUUGUUCACAUAGAAGACGUGAACGACAACCCGCCGAUACUCCAGCUGCCACAAGACUGCGUCACCAUCAGCGAGUUCCACAAGCAUCGCGAGCCCAUAGUCGCAAUAUCGGCCACCGACGCUGAUGACAACGCUUCGCCCAACGGCCGCGUGCAGUUCAAGCUUGUUGGCGGGAAGGGAUACGAUCUAUUCCGCUUCGAGCAAGUCGGCGGUGACGCCAACACGGGCCGGCUGUUCGCGAAGCAGUCUCUCAAGGACCGCUUCGGCAACUACUCUCUCACCGUGGAAGCCAAGGAUCUGGGCACGCCACCCAAUGUUGUCCGCGGGGAGUUGAGGCUCUGUGUCACCGACUUUAACGACCAUGCGCCUGUGUUCGUGCACCCGCCACAGAAUGUCACUAUUAAAGUGCCUGAGAACGCAACAAUCGGCACGGUGGUGGUCGAAGUGCGCGCAAUUGACGCGGAUAUCGGCGCGAACGGCGCUGUGCGAUACCGCGUGCGGCGCGACGCGGGCGGCGCCUGGCGCGCCUUCAGCGUGCACGCCACUAGCGGCGCGCUGCGCACGGCUGUGCCGCUGCAUCGAGAUACUACUGCGCGCUACCAGCUCAGAAUCGAAGCCUACGACCUUGGUCUGCCCACGCCACUCAGCUCUGACCUCGAUCUCACCAUCUACGUGCAAGACGUCGACAGCUACCGACCACGCUUCCCCGACCGGCACCUCCACAUCAACCUCACUGAAAACAUGUAUGAGGAGGGACUGUACUUGCCCAGUGUCAUAGAGAGGGAUGAGAUAGACAGGGGGGAUGAGCCGGUGCUGCCGGUGUGCUAUUAUAUUGUGGAGGGGAAUGAGGAUGGCGAAUUUGAACUUCACCGGAAUACUCACAGGUUGGCCACACAACGCCCGCUAGACCGAGAGAAGAAAUCCAACUACACCCUAACAGUAUUAGCGACGGAGGACUGCGUAGCUGCGCCCGAGUACCGCCCCAAAGUAGAUUCCGUCAGCACUCUCACCGUCCACGUCACGGUCAAUGAUAUAAACGACAACGCGCCUAAGUUCGUCAGCAGGAUCUUUACUGGGGGCAUCACUACUGAGGCUGACUUUGGCAUCGAAUUUAUGCAUGUUAAGGCCAUUGAUCUCGACGAAGGUGCAAAUGCUAAAAUGGGCUACUACCUCCUGGGCGAAGUGAAGAAAACACUAACCGAAGGUUUAGAGAAUUUGGCAGUAUCGCCUUUUCUGGUCAACGAGGAGACAGGUGCUAUCUCGCUUAAUUUUGACCCACAGAAAGGGAUGAAAGGAUACUUUGAUUUUAAAGUGCUUGUCAACGACACGGGUGGCCUACAAGACGAAUCUCACGUAUUCAUAUACUUGUUACGAGAGGACCAACGAGUGCGUUUCGUUUUACGCUCCCAUCCGUCUGAAGUCAGAGAUAAAAUAAACAUUUUCAGAGAAAAACUGGCACAAGUUGCAGAGUCCGUAGUUAACAUAGACGAUUUAAGGAUGCAUGAAAAUAAGGACGGAUCUGUGGAUAAUACUAAGACUGACUUGUAUCUGCAUCUGGUUAAUGGACAAGAUCAUUCCGUGCUCGAAGUGAAUCAGGUGCUGCAGUUGGUCGACAAGAAUAUUGAACAGCUGGAUGAUUUGUUCAAGGAAUUCAACGUCCUGGACACACAGCCAGCCGAAUACCAACCACUGACGGUAGACACAAUCACGUCUAACCAGACGGUGUUCUGGCUGGUGUGGACCACGCUGUUCCUGACCGUGCUGCUCGUGCUCUCGGUCAUGAUGUGCCUCAGCCAGCGCGCGGACUACGUGCGGAGGCUGAAGGCGGCCACGGCUACUGCUUAUUCAUCGCCGACACCCGGUGAAUCGGAUAUGACUAUCAGGAGUUCCGGUGGUCGCGUACCCAACACAAACAAGCAUAGUACAAAAGGAUCAAAUCCGAUAUGGCUCCACGCAUAUGAAAACGAAUGGUACAAAUCAGACGACCAAGUCAGCCAUUCAGAGCGCGACUCCCUCGACGAAAACGCCGUUGAUCAAGACUUGUCUAACGAAAAACCAUAUUUUAUCACCACAGGUGCCUUCCCUUCCAUAGAUUCUGAUGCGACUGAACCUCAGACUAAUCCUGUCAAAUAUGACUUUUACCAACAAUUGGAGCAGAUGAAAAAUGCCAAAAAUAUGGAAACGACAGAAUUGUAAUAAUUUUUUAUACAAGAAUAAUUCGCUGCUCAAUUAGGUCUACCUACAAUAAUUUUAGAAAGUAUAUGAAAGGCACAAUGCCUAAUUUGUUAAGGCUCUGUCGUAAUGUAACCGAAGAGUUAUCCUGUUGUAAAUUAUAACAUUUACACAUUUUUGCACUCAAAUACCGAACAUGCAGAAGUGAAAGGAGAUUUUAUGUAAAAAUAAAUAAUGCAGCUAACAAAAAAACAAUGCAUCAUUUUGUUAUAAUUUGCUGACUAAAAUUAGCCAACAAAUCUAACUGCCGCUUUAGUGUGUAUUAGUCGUGCCUUUUGUAAAUUAUUUUCUAUAUAGUGAUUAAGAUGUCCUAAGUGUGAUUUGUACGAGUACAAUACAUUUUGUAAUCUACAUUUAUUCAUGAUUAGAAUAAUAAAGAACGAAGAUUUUAUCAAACCAUAACUAGUUCAUGGUAACUUUUAGUUUAUUCGAAUUUGUAUGUUACCUCUGAUAUGAAUUCAAAUAGAAGUUUGCAAAUAAAGUAAUUGUAUUUGUAACAGUUUUAUUUAACCAACCCUAAUAAGCUCUCCAGUUUAAAUACGUACUAGCAAAGAGGAUCGAGUAUUAUACACCGUGUUUCACUUAACACUAAAAACCUGAAAACCGUUUGUUCA